UGUGACUACAACAGCAGUUAGGAGCAGAGAGCGAAAUAAGGAAACGUGAGAACAACAUAUGGAUGCUUUGCCAUGUCUUGAACAAUUUGUGUGAUUUUCUUUAUUUGAGUACAUUAAAGACGCCAUGAAGAUAAAUGAGAACACUUUAUUAGAGGGACACAGAGUCGUCCUGGUACCGUAUAAUGCACAGCAUGUACCAAGGUAUCAUGAGUGGAUGAAAUCUGUGGAGCUGCAGCAGCUGACAGCUUCAGAGCCGCUGACCUUAGACCAGGAGUACGACAUGCAGCGGAGCUGGAGGGAAGACAGUGACAAGUGCACCUUCAUCAUCCUGGACAAGCAGCAGUGGGCAGACCCCAGUGUAGAAGAGGAGCAAUGCAUGCUGGGAGAUGUAAAUAUCUUUCUCACUGACCCCACAGACCCAACAUUGGCUGAGCUGGAGGUGAUGAUUGCAGAACCCAGUUACAGAGGGAGAGGUUUCGGUAAGGAGGUGACAAGAAUGAUGAUGUUCUACGGAGUCGCCAAACUCGGGAUCAAAACAUUUCAGGCAAAAAUUGGGCUAAGCAACGAAGUGAGCAUCCUCAUGUUCAAGAAACUCAACUUUAAAGAGGUGUCAGUCUGUAAGGUGUUUAAGGAGGUGACUCUAGAGAUGACGGUGGAUGAGGAUGUUCGGCUGAGAAUACUUGAUGAAAUGGCAUCUGUGAAGGAGAGAGACUACAGACAGACCUGCAGCAACAGACAGGAACUGUCGUCCUGAAGUAGUCAGCUGCCAAAAUCUCCAGUCAAGGUGAACAAAAAAAUGGCUCAGGUUUGUCCUAGGGUGGUGUGUGUUUUACUCUUUUAUACAAAUACACACAUGUAAUCUAACCCUAGUACAAACUUUACUGCUCAAAAGACAUUUUGCCACUGAUUUUUAUUUUAUCUCGACCCAAUACCAAGGUUUAUGAGGCUGUUGGAGUUCAUCCAGGUUUUCAAAGUUUUUAUUUGGCUGUAGGUGUUUUAAAUGAAAUUAUACCUUUUUUUUGUAACUAACCUCCCGACAAAACAACUAUGAAGGCUGACCCUCACUUCUCAUUUUUUACUCCUUGUUAUUUAUAUGCCAGUAUAUUUUAAAAUAAAGGAAAACAUACUACUUACAGUACAACAUGAAUCCUGCAUUUGAAUGACAGACCACAGCUGUGAAGCUGUUGAUGAAACAAUGCCCACCACUUUAUUAAGAAGAGAAUCAAGACAUUCUAGCUGUCACAUAGCAUUGACAACAAGCAUAAGGAAGUGAAAUGCAACUAUAAAAGAAAAUGUAUUGUUGUAAUGAUAUGUAGAAGUAUGUUAUUUGUUACUUAUAAGUAGUUUUGAUAAAGAGAAAAAACACCAGGGCUGCAUUGCAGUAGUUCCUAAGGUUAGAAAUCCCCCCCAUAAAAAGACAUCUCUCCUGUUGUGCUUCCUUGGAUGAAGAAAAUCAUUUGAAGAAACGUGUUUGUCUCAUAUUCCUCCUAAUCGGCCCAUUAGUUUGCUGCAUUUUCAUUUUCCCAGUAAAAAAAAGAAGGUUGGCCACUGAGAGG